UUUCUGUGGUACACAAAUUAACUGCAGUGUUAGUGAGGCCUUUCCAGCAGGGGAACACAGUAAAUAAACACAUGGCAACAGACCAACUCCCAGCUAUGUUUCUAAAGUGGACUAUCCAAGUCUAUGCAACAUUCUGAACUAAAAGCCAAUCCCUGGAGACCAGAGCUAAGUUGUCCUUGGCUUGGCUCCUGUAGGGAGGGUAAUGAAUGGUAGCAAAGAGAAAGAAUGAACACUAUCAAUGCUUCUAAUAAGACCAAUGAUUCAAUGUUUACGUCACAGAUUCCUCUUCAUCCAGUGCCAGAUGUUCUAGUACACGAAGUUCUAAACCUGGCAUUCAAGCACUUUAAACACAAAGAGGGGUACUGUGGCCCCAACACUGGCAAUGUACACAUCAUCGCAGACCUGUAUGCUGAGGUCAUUGGAGUCCUUACACAGUCAAAGUUUCAAGCAGUGAGGAAGAAGUUCAUCACAGAACUGAAGGAGCUCAGGCUAAAAGAGCAGAGUCCCUAUGUGGUCCAGAGCAUCAUCAGUCUCAUCAUGGGCAUGAAGUUCUUCCGGGUGAAAAUGUAUCCUGUGGAGGAUUUUGAGGCUUCUUUUCAGUUCAUGCAGGUAAAUUAAAAAGUCAUUUUUUCA